ACGCUUGCUUCGCUCAUUUUAUGCUUUGUUCCUUUUUUGCCAUCUUCAUCUACCCUUCAAAAGAGAACAAUAUUUCGAGGUUCAUCUCCGGGAGGGGCCGACAUCCCCAUGGCCAUCCUUGCAUGUUCGUAUGCCGUGGUGCUUGGAGGAAUGCCAUGUAGGACGGCCCCAAUCCUGCGACGCGCAAUGCAAGUUGAAGAAACCUCUCAUUCAGGGUCUUCCGGACAGCUUGGACGGAGUCAUAUGCGACCGAUUGAACAACAAAGCAGACAAUCGCUCUCUUGCUUCUACCGCAUCCCAUUUCACCAGAACACGGUUCCUUGAGACCUCCAUUUUGCAUCCUCGCUCUCCGGAUGAAUGCCGCCCUUUCGCCGAAGACCUUCUCACCCAGGUCCUUCCAGCAGAUGUCGUUAAAUGCCCCGCUCUUUCUCAUGGAAUAAUCGAGCCACCAGUUUCCCAGCUUUGCCGCAUGUAUGAUGACAAGGGAGAUGUUAGCAGAAAAUCUGCGCCCUUCUCUGCUUCUUCCAUUGCCGAAAGCCGGAUUUCGAGUCGUUGCUCAUGUGGUUGCCCAACGGAAGAUUUGACGGGCGACGUACUUGUUCCUGCAGUCUUCCUCUGCAGAGACCAUGUCGUGCUGCUGGAAGACCAGCGUUGCCACCUGCAUGUCAACUAGUUCGAUGUACCACUCAUCGGCUGUCCGAUCCGUGGCCUCCUCAGGCGGGAAGAUAAGGUUGGAAACAUUCAAGAGAUGCACAUGUUUUUCAUGUUGAUAGUGAUGGGAUGUCCAGGUAUUCGUACAUCGAGGCCAUAACAGAAGACCUCAGGGGACGCGCAUUGGACAUCAUGCGCCACUGACACUCAGACGAUGCUUGAGCAGUCAAUUGCAGCCUCCGGGCCAGCGACUAGCAACGUCUGUAAUCAUCGUCAAGUCUGGACCUAGAGGUACCAUAAAUCAAGCGACGGUCGCAUG